AUGCGAAAAAGAAAAACAUGCCAGGAAACAUCACCUGAGUGGAACAAACGCCACAAGGAAAACACACCGCUCGGAUCAGCCACAGCUUCGCUAAUCACUGGUUCCUCCAGCGAGCUUCCAAACCGUAAAGGACCCAUUCUCCGCUCUAAGGGAAAGAGGUCACAGUCUCAGGAACCCGCAUCUAAUGGAAUCCUCGAAUGCCCCUUCUGUCAUGCUCUGGUUUGGGAAAAAGAAAAGAAAGGGACAAGAGGUCCAAACAGGACACCACUAUUCUCAAUAUGCUGUCAACAAGGUAGAGUGAAACUCAAACCAGAGACAGAAGCUCCUCCUGCGUUGAAAUCACUGCUCCUCACCUCCACCCAUUUCCAACAUGAUAUUCGAACUUAUAACUCCAUUCUCGCAUUCACCUCUAUGGGAGCCCAGCUUGAUCACUCUGUAAUGCACAAGACGGGGCCUUUUACUCUAAGAAUCCAUGGUCAAAAUGCCCACAGGAUCGGCUCUUUGGUUCCUGAACCAGGACGACGUCCACAGUUCAGUCAGCUCUACAUUGUUGAUACGGCUAAUGAGGUUCAGAAUAGACUUUCAACUGUCAAGCGCACAGGCAAAACAGGUCAACUGGAUCCAAAUGUUGUGAAACUGCUGAUAGAAACAAUGGACGCUCACAACUGCCUUACUAAGAUAUUCAGAAAAGCAAGAGACAUACAUGAAACUGACAGCUGCCAAGAUUUCAGUAUAAGACUAAUAGGCCAGUCAAAACGUAACCGUCAGUAUGAUAUGCCUCAAGCGGAUGAGAUAGCAGGCCUGAUCGUUGGUGACUUUACACAGGAUAUGGGCGAGAGAGAUGUAGUUGUCCAGCACAAGUCAUCAGGACUGCAGCAUAUAAGUGAUAUGCACCCACUCUUCAUGACUUUGCAAUAUCCAAUUCUGUUCCCGUACGGACAGAUAGGCUUCAACGAGAACAUACCCGUCACGAAUACUGAUGGAAACACAAGGAAAAGAGAAUACAUCUCAAAGAGAGAAUAUUUUGCAUACCAGCUGCAAACUCGCUUGGCAGAAGGCAUGGUUAUUGUGAGAUCCAAAAGAUUACUCCACCAGUAUAUCGUUGACGCUUACACAUCCAUAGAGCAAGAGAGGUUGCGGUGGUUCAGAUUGAACCAGAAGAAGAUCAGAGCAGACCUAUACAACAAUGUACAAGAUGCUGUCAUGAAAGGGGAUACGGACGCAAAAUCAAUUGGAAAGCGAGUCAUAUUGCCCGCAAGUUUUACAGGUAGCCCACGUUAUAUGGCUGAAAAGUAUCAUGAUGCGAUGGCAAUAUGUCGGUGGUAUGGGAAUCCAGACCUAUUCAUCACCAUUACAACCAAUCCUAAAUGGGAUGAGAUAUCUGACCACCUUAAAAUGUAUGGCUCUGACGACCCCAAUGAUCGCCCAGACUUAGAAGCUAGGGUGUUCAAGAUGAAGCUUGAUGAGUUGAUUUCAGAUUUCAACAAAGGCAUCUUCUUUCCCCGUCCCAAAGCAGUUGUCUACACAAUUGAGUUUCAGAAGAGAGGGUUGCCACAUGCUCACAUACUUCUAUGGCUUGACGGUGACUUCAGAAACCCAACAGCGGCAGAUAUUGACAACAUCAUCUCAGCAGAACUCCCAGACAAAGAAAAAGAUCCAGAGGCUUAUGGUCUGGUGGAGCAACACAUGAUGCACGGCCCCUGUGGGGAAGACAGAAAAACAUCUCCGUGCAUGGAGGAUGGUGUUUGCAGUAAAAAAUUUCCCCGCAGCUACGUUUCACACACCCAAGUUAAUGAGUCUGGCUACAUCUUAUACAAGCGACGGCAGACAGAACAGUUUGUUUACAAGGGAAACAUCAAGCUUGACAAUCAAUUUGUUGUUCCCCACAAUGUCCAGAUCCUGAAAAAAUACAAGGCACAUGUCAAUGUCGAAUGGUGCAACAAAUCAAGCGCAAUCAAAUAUCUGUUCAAAUACAUUACAAAGGGUGUUGAUAGAUCAUGCUUCAGGUUCCAAAAAAACCAAGACCAGUCUACUCAGUCGGAGACAAACAAAAAAGAAAAGCCGACCAAUGAGAUAGAUAAUUAUUUAGACGGGAGGUACCUUUCAGCAUGUGAAUCGAUGUGGAGAAUAUUUGAGUUUUCUAUUCACCACAACACACCAGCGGUUCAGAAAAUGCCAGUACACCUCCCUGGAGAACAGACGGCUAUAUUUGAAGAAGAUAAGGACCUUGGGAAUGUUGAGAACCGGUACCUACAUGGCAGAACUAUGUUAACAGAGUGGUUCGAAAUGAACAGACUCUACGAAGAAGUCAGGAAAUUAAAGUACAUUGAGAUGCUACUUAUGUUUGUCUGGGAUAGUUCAAACAAGAUCUACACAAAAAGAAAGCAGAAAGGUACCAUUGGACGGAUAGUAAACAUAAACCCAGCAGCUGGUGACAAAUAUUACUUGCGCAUUUUGGUCAGCGUAGUACGUGGCCCUACAUGCUAUGACGAUUUAUAUACAGUGGGUGACAUCACAUACAAUACCUUUCAAGAAGCCUGCUAUGCAAGAGGUUUGCUCGGCACAGACAAGGACUGGCAUGACUCGAUGUCAGAAGCAUCUCAAUUCUCAUCGCCAAGAUCUCUUCGCUACAUGUUCGUACUAAUCCUCGUCUUCUGUCAGGUCUCAGAACCAAAAAAACUAUGGGACCAUUCUUGGCAGGACAUGGCAGAAGAUGUUCUCAUGCAGCAGCGACGUCUACUUCGUUUCCCAGACCUCCAGCUAUCCCCCAAUGAACUACAGCAGUACACACUUAUUGAAAUAGAAUGCUUGCUACAAAACUUCGAGAAGACGUUGACUGAGUUUACGGGGAUGCCACUUCCAAACAAAGCUGUUAUGGACGAAAUCAAACAUAAAGCUAUGGCGAGGCACGACCAGUUUGACAUAGCUGAGGAGGCUAUUAUCCACGUGAAGCUUUUUGACAAACUCAACCAUCAACAACGGGCAGUAUAUGAUGCAGUAAUCAACUCUGUUUUUCAGAAGGAAGGCAGGUUAUUCUUCCUCUAUGGAGCAGGAGGUACAGGAAAGACAUUCCUAUACCGAGCCAUCAUAGCAGCUUUGCGAUCAAGCAGCAAGAAAGUCAUACCAGUCGCUUCCUCAGCAAUUGCCGCUCUUCUACUGCCUGGUGGUCGCACAGCACACUCCAGGUUUAAUAUUCCACUUAAGCUUUUUGAAGAUACUUACUGUGAAGUGAAAGCUGGAACAAUCCUCGCCAACUUCCUCAGCGAAUCAGACCUCAUCAUCUGGGACGAAGCUCCAAUGGCACAUCGCCACACGUUUGAAGCUGUUGAUCGUACUCUAAGGGACAUUUUAGCAGUCACAGAUACAACAGCAUUGACAAAACCUUUUGGUGGCAAGACAGUGCUUUUGGGAGGUGAUUUUCGCCAGAUUUUGCCAGUUAUUCCCCAAGGUACAAGACAAGAGACAGUCAACGCCGCUCUCAAUCGAUCGCACCUCUGGAACAACUGUGAAAUUUUUCUCCUAACGCAAAACAUGCGUGUAAAACCAGAAGAAAAAGCUUUUGCGGACUGGAUUCUUGAGGUCGGUGAUGGCAGAGCAGCAAAGGAACCUCAGAUCCUGGACGACUGUGACCAACCAGAAGAUCGAAUUCUCAUAGACAAAACUAUCCUUCUGCCUAUAACCUCCACUCCUUUGGAGACUCUAUGUUCUUCUGCCUUUCCAGAUUUUGCAAACGACUACAAGGAUCUCAACAAAAUCAGAGAGACAGCCAUAUUAACACCAAGGAAUGUCACAGUUGAUGAAAUCAACACUUACUUGGUAUCAAAAGUUCCUGGAGAAGAGAAGGAGUACUUGAGUGCGGACAGCUUUGCGGAGGAAGAGCAACAUUCAGGAGACUUAGAUAUGACAUACCCGCUGGAAUAUCUAAACUCAUUGGAGUUUCCAGGUCUACCGGCGCAUAAACUACGUCUGAAAGUGGGUGUCCCAGUCAUGCUCCUUCGUAAUCUGAACCAAAAAGAAGGCUUAUGUAACGGCACAAGACUAAUAGUGACACACUUGGGGGAAAAGGUUAUUAAGACAGAAAUGCUCACAUCAACAACCAAGAGAGAUCCUAUACUGCUACCACGGAUCAUAUUGUCACCACCAGAAUCCAACCAUCCAUUCACCUUGAAGCGACGCCAGUUUCCGAUAAGGGUUUGUUAUGCGAUGACAAUAAAUAAAAGCCAAGGCCAGACUUUGUCACACGUCUCUCUAUACUUGCCUAAACCAGUCUUCAGCCAUGGUCAGCUAUACGUGGCACUGUCAAGAGUUACAACACCCAAAGGACUCAAAAUUUUAGACUUGAACAGAGAUGGGGAAAGUAGAACGAUAUCUAACAUAGUCUACAGAGAAGCCUACAACGGACUGCCUCAAUCUACCGGUUCAGACGAUGACGAAACAUCAAAGGAUCAAUGCGUACGGCUUGAUGCGGACUCUGCCUAA